GAUUUCCUCCUUAAAUGUUGAGCGUUUAUCACAUAGCAACGCUGGCGAUUUGGGGGAGCCCGAUCUGGUGCAUGGACGAGGAGGGCAAGUGGAACUUCCAGCAAUUUGUGACGCAGCAGCAAAAUCACCACCACCACCAUCGCCAUCCUCCGAAUCCUCCGAUCCAGCAAAACCAUCCUCCAAGCCAUCCAAAUCAGUCGCAGCAGCCACAGCCCACCAGCGCUAGCGGCGCUUCGGACAAUGCAGCAGCCACCAGGAGCUCUGGUUCCACUUCCAGUUCCAAGCGAUCGGCAAGAUCCAAGAACGCGAGCGGCAGCCACGAAGAUCACCACAAGCAAAUGAGCAGCAGCGCGGUGGAGUCGGCCAAGACCGGGGAGGCUGCCUCGAUCCAGCAACAGCAGCAGCAGCAGCAAGGCUCGCAAAACAGUCAGGACAAACGCUUCAAGACACUUCCUCCAUCCGAGACGCUUCCCCGGAGCGAGGUCCUCGGUGGGUAUAUCUUCGUGUGCAACAACGAUACCAUGCAAGAAGAUCUCAAGCGCCAACUCUUCGGCCUUCCCCAAAGAUACCGUGACUCGGUGAGAGCAAUCCAGCCGGGGCUGCCAUUGUUUCUAUACAAUUACUCCACGCAUCAGCUUCAUGGGAUUUACGAGGCAACAAGUUUUGGAGGCUCCAACAUCGAUGCAACUGCGUGGGAGGACAAGAAGUGCCGCGGAGAGUCGAGAUUCCCAGCUCAGGUAAGAACGAGAGUGCGAAAGGCCUGUAAAGCUCUGGAGGAGGAUGCGUUUCGGCCCAUACUCCAUCACUACGACGGCCCAAAGUUUCGCUUGCAGCUCUCGGUGCCAGAGACUUUGAAGCUGCUGGAUUUGUUUGAAGAAGCCAGGACGGAGUAAAGAAAGGAGAGUAUGUAAAGAUGAGUCAUUUAGAAAAAUUCAAGUAUAUUCUAGGAUAAUGGUUUACAAUA